CUCAGACUAGUACGAUGGUAACUUCAUCUACUCAUCACUGACCGGUAAGGGUGAAUAGUUUUCUUUACCUCCACUUUUAUAUUAGUGAGCUGGCAUCCGUUUCAUUCGUCAAGUCCGCCGCAUUAAGUUGGAAAAACUCCAACCGGUCUGGCAAAGCGAUUCAAGCCAGCGGCUUGUCUGUAACGUUAACCUGAUCAUGUAUCAAAGCCAAGGCUCAGAUCAAUGUUCCAUUUAACCAACCGGUCUGGCAAAAUGAUUCAAGCACAUGAAAGAGUUUGGCUGUACCUAACGGCGGCCCUGACAGUGAUCAUGUAUUAAAGCCAACUUACGCGGCCCAGAAAACACCAUAUCAACAUUCGACUAUGAGAUUGACUUCACUUGCCACUAUUGCCGUAUCUGCAGCAGUGAUGACUGUCGCAUCUGAUUCAGAUGCGACGCCCAUAAACCAACCUUGCUUCCCCAAGAAUGUAAUUCAGUGCAUAACGGGCCUGAAAUUGAAUAUUUAUAAUAACGGAAACGAUUAUGGUAUUUGGUGUGGACGAAAUUAUACAAUUGUAGCAUACGCGUUUUGUGACUGCAAAGAUUGCUGUCGAGUAGUCAAUGAUGGAACGGGCACGGACUGCAAGGGACACCAAGGCCAAGUUACUCACAGGAAGUGAGAUCUUGCGUACGGUAUUAUCCCAUGUCGAAUUAUUCAAGUUCCUCGCAGAUAAUCACACGUUCUCAGAUCACG